AUGGCUCCGAACGGCUCGCUAUCCCCCGGUGUCGAUAUUCUCCCGCCCAACGGAAAUGCAUCACGCGAGCUUGAGGCCUCAACUGUGGCGGCUAGGAGCCAGCAUGCCAUCGCGCCCGAGUUCUUUCCCCACGGCAAGCGCUCGCUUUGUGGCAUCGCCGUGCGUGCUUUCUGCUUGGGAUGCGCCAUGACUCUCGGCGUCGUCGGUACGGCUCUGCUAGCAUACGACGGCAAUCAUCUAUGGCGGCCUUUCAUGUUUCUCAGCGCGCUGUCCAUGUUCCACUUCCUCGAGUUUUACACGACGGCCGCGUACAACACCCCAGUCGCGUACAUCUCCUCGUUCCUCCUCACCAACGGCGACCAAUACCGACAAGCCCAUACCUUGGCCUUCAUCGAGACUCUGGUGACUUCGUCUUUCUUUCCCGAUUACCAAUCGACAAUCCACCCGCCGUGGGUCAUCGCGCUGGGCAUAAGCAUGGUCGUGGUGGGACAAGCUGUGCGCAGCACAGCGAUGAUGCAGGCGGGUACCAACUUCAACCACCAAGUGCAGUCGCGUAAGAGCGAUGGGCACGAAUUGGUGACCCAUGGACUGUACCGCUACUUCCGUCACCCCUCGUACUUCGGUUUCUUCUGGUGGGGCAUCGGCACACAGGUCAUGCUGGGUAACACUGUCUGCUUCUUGGGAUACACAGGCGUGCUGUGGUAUUUUUUCAUGACACGCAUUUCACACGAAGAAAAACAUCUAAUCGAGUUCUUCGGCGAAGAGUACAAGGUGUACAGGGCAAGAACUCGUGUCUGGAUACCCUUCAUGUAA